UCGAAUUUUAGUGACGUCAUUUGAAAACCAGCUAUGAAGAAAUCAUGAAGAGGAAUGAUUGUCCUGUCACGGUCACGCAAUAUUGUUAAUUACUGUCGAAAAUAAUAGGACACAACGGUACACAACCAGAAUUACGGUUCGCUACUGAUAAAAUAUUUCUUUCUCAUUCCAGAGGGGGACAUCGGGGGGUUCUAAACACCGCAACACCGCAAAAAGAUUUAACGAACACCGCCUCACCGCAAGAAAAGUUAACGAAACACCGUCACCCCAACACGUUCUUUUCGCGCCAUGAUUCGUUCACCUACACUUAAAAUAAUACUUUUUAUACCUCAACAAUUUUCCACAAAAUAAACACAUUGUUUCUGUCCUCGCUCCUCCACGUGUCUACCGAACACUGAGCUCCGGGUGGCAGAGGUCGAGUUCCCUGUCAAGUUACGUAUAAAUGAAAACAGCUUCGGAUUGGCAGCCGAAGCAUAUUGAAGAUUGACUAGAAAGCGAUGAUCUGUAUUUUUUUUAUAUAAAUUAUUAACCUCAAUGGAACGUGUUUGUCAUAAAUUAGCUCCGAUUAACAAAGUUUACAUGCUAAGUUUAGGUCAAAUUUAGCAUCAAAAACCCCAGCACCGCAAACAAUUUCAUUUCGCCGAACACCGCAGCGUGAAAAACACAAACAUCGCACACCGUAGGGUUUGAGAUCACCGCAACACCGCAAGUUGAGAUUUUAUUCACCGCAUCACCGCAUUAAAAAAACAUCAACACUGCAACACCGCAAAUUUCCAUGUCCCCCUCAUUCCACGGAGAAUUAUUUUGGAAAAUCAUGGUUCACGGCUCCUAAUGAAAUUACGAUUCACGAGAAAAAAACAAGCCAUUUCACAUUUACGGGAAAACAAAUUAGGCCAUUCACGAAUCACGAAAAUAUCCUUUACCACCCUCAGUAAAUGGUUACUGAAUACCGACAAAUGGCUACAGCAACACCACACCUUGGGUUGACCAGCCCUUCGCGAAGUCUGGACGCUCGGAGACCAACCGCUGACCGAAAGUCUCUGGGCGGGCAGGAGGUGGAUAGCAGAUCGGUAGUGGAAGGAUCGGACAGUCCGGAAUUAUUUGGUAUUGAACAAAGCAACGAUAUUUGCAGUUAACAAGGCAAUAAGUUCCAAUUCCCAGCACUUGACGUCGCUACAUGACGACCGUGUUGUUUGUCACUCAAGGGACUGGUAACUGGACCAAAAUAAAAAUGGCGGUCAAAGACGAAUCGCUGAGUUACAGUCUGGAUCAUUUUACUGAAGUGCAAGAAGUAACAACAUUGAUCGAAUCUAUAGGAUCUAUAUGCCAUGAUGAUAUCUUACUAGAGGCUGCAGAAGAACGAUUUAUUGUUAUACUGAAUAAUUACCAAGAGCAACCACAUCUGCUGGAUCCGCAUUUAGAAUGUCUUGUACAGAAACUGCAGCAUAUAGUGCGUGAUCUGUCAAACCCAGUCAAAGUGAUAAAGCAGGCCUUUAAAUAUCUCUAUCUCAUAACCAAGGUUAGAGGACCCAAGCAUGUGGUCCGACUGUUUUCUCAUGAAGUCACUGAUGUAGAACCAGUUCUUGGAAUGCUUUCUCAACAAAAUCCUCAAGAUCAUGAGACCUGGGAAGCACGCUAUGUUCUCCUGUUAUGGCUGUCAAUUGUCUGUAUGAUACCAUUUGACAUGGCUCGCUUUGAUGGGCUCAAAGAAGCUUUCACUGGAGCAGUGGAAAGACGCAGGCCAGUGGUGGACAGAAUCCUUGAAACAGCAAAGGUGUAUCUAUCAGUUCCUGACAAAUCACGGGAUGCUGCAGCUUUAGUUAUUUCAAAGUUUGUAACAAGGCCAGAUGUAAAGAAAGAGAAGCUAGCAGAAUUCCAAGAUUGGUGCUUGAUAAGGAUGGAGAAGGCAAAUGGGGAAACCAUGGAUGGUAUGCUGCUACUGACAGGGAUCUUAACAACACUGGCUUUACUUUUCAAGCAUGGGAAAAGAGAAGACUUGAUACCAUAUGCCCCCAUUGUCUUGAAGCAAACUGGUGCCUGUGAGAUAUCAAGCAUUAACAACACAUUGCUAAGGAAAUUGAAUAUCAAACUUAUACAGCGUCUUGGUUUGACCUUUCUGCGACCAAGAAUAGCAUCCUGGAGGUAUCAACGAGGAAGCCGUUCUCUGGUAUACAACUUGGCAAAUCCAUUCUCACAAGAACAGAAUGAAAGGCAUCACCAAGUGACAGGAUUUAGUGCAGAUGAAGAAGAAGAAUAUGAUGUUCCCGAGGAAUUAGAGGAUAUUAUUGAGAAACUUCUGACGGGCCUUAAAGACAAGGACACUGUCGUAAGAUGGUCGGCUGCUAAAGGGGUUGGAAGAAUAACUGGUAGACUUCCUCAAGAGCUUGCUGACCAGAUCGUUGAAAACGUCCUAGAACUAUUCAGUUUCAGAGAAUCAGAUUGCGGUUGGCACGGAGGAUGUUUAGCCCUUGCUGAGCUUGGUCGGAGAGGACUUCUGUUACCUGACAGACUACCUGAAGUUGUUCCCGCUGUGCUGAAAGCCUUAUCUUAUGACGAAAUUAGAGGAUAUUGCAGUGUUGGGAGCCAUGUCAGAGAUGGCGCUUGCUAUGUUUGUUGGUCGUUUGCUCGAGCGUAUGAUCCAAAGGAAAUCCAACCACACGUUCAAGGAAUAGCCAGUUCUCUUGUUACUACCGCUUUGUUUGAUCGUGAAGUUAAUUGCAGACGGGCAGCCUCUGCUGCUUUUCAAGAAAAUGUGGGAAGACAGGGUACCUUUCCACACGGCAUUGAUAUUCUUACACUGGCUGAUUACUUCGCUGUUGGAAACAGAAUCAGUACUUAUCUGAAUAUUAGUGUGUCGAUAGCUCAAUUCAAGGAGUAUACAAGACCUUUGAUUGACAAUCUAGCAGAUGUCAGAUUACAACACUGGGACGGAAGCGUUCGUGAACUGGCAUCGCAAGCGUUGCACAACCUGACUCCUACAGACCCAGAGUACAUAACCAAGACAGUUUUUCCUAAGAUGCUGUCGCAAACCAACAGCAUCGAUCUCAACACUCGUCACGGUAACAUUCUGGGAUGCGCUGAACUAACUCAUGCCCUGUAUCUCUACGCCCAACAAAGUGGCAGAUCACUUACAGGAGUGCUCGACCAGGACUGCUUUGAGGUUCUGAAGGGCAUUGUACCUCAGCUAAAAGCAGCCAAGCGUUUCAGAGGUCUUGGAGGAGAGUUCAUGCGACAAGCAGUUUGUCAUUUAAUACAGAAGCUCUCUGUAUCCGAAAUACCCUGGCAUGGCGAUGAGAUCAUUGGCGUAUUUCAAGGCAUUAUCGAUGAUAACUUGUCCCAUACAGAACCAGCAAUACAGGAAGGUGCUGUUCGCGCCCUUGGAGCGUUGUGUCAGCAGUAUUACGUUAAAGCGGAUGGUACUGCUAUCGAUGGAAUACAAGAUAGGAUUAUUAUACACUAUGUCGAGCAGUUGAAAAGUUCGUCGGAGUUCUCAAGAGUUGGGUUUGCUCAAGCUCUGGGAUCUUUGCCAAAGUUUUUGCUGUCAAAUAAGUUAAAAAUGGUCAUUUCUGGUUUAAUCUCGGCUUCAGAGUUGUCUAAUGACCCAGGAAAAUAUGCUGAAUCUCGAAGAGACGCGCUAAAAUCUCUUGCUAGGUAAUUAAAAUUGGCCUAAUUUGUACAAGACACGAAUUGUCUGACGCCGAAUUUAUAUUAGGAGAUAUUUAUCUCCUAAUAAAAAUUUACUCACAUGUAUCUGUUUUAGGCAAGCAAAUUACCCGUCUCAGACGGAUAAUUCGUCGCUAGUGUAUACUCAGGCAUUGUAUAAGAGAUGGUCACGCUCAAUUUUGGUAAAAAUGGAUCGCGUGUGUAAUUAGCGUCGCUUAGAUACGGAACUGAAUAGCGUCAUGUUGGUUACGUAAGCUACGCGGUGAUCCUUGUAGUGUCUCUGAUUGGCUGCCGGUUUCCUCUAGAUUUUCGCGCGCAAGUAUCAACCAAUCAGGGACAAUAUAUGGUUGUUUUUACACCUACACGGAUUCUGGGGCUAAUGUCAGACAACCUAUGGAGUAAACAACUGACCUUGCAAACAAACACAUCCCUAAUUUCUAUUGACAUACUUAGCGUACAUUAUUUCCCUUGCCUUUUU